AUGUCUGCUGUAUCCUCCACAACCGGACAGGCAUUCAGCCUCAAGACCCGUCAACCCAUUGACGAGGACGCACUCCUCACGGAGGAGGACCGUCUGGAAAAGGAAGCCACAAAGGGAGAAGACUGCACGACUCGCCGACGGGCCUGCAAGAACUGCACCUGCGGCCGGGCCCAGUUAGAACAACAACAACAACAACUGGGCGAAGGGGCGCCUGUGCAGAUGCCACCAGGCGGUUGCGGCAACUGUGCAAAGGGAGACGCCUUCCGCUGCGCUACUUGCCCGUUUCUCGGAAAGCCGGCCUUUGACAACACAAGCGACGGUAAAGUGAAGCUGAACCUCACAGAUGAUAUUUGA